GCAUCUCGGGUGGAGGAGGAUACGGUGGACCCUCUCCUGACCAGCGCCCUGUCCCGCGAAGAGUGGGAUCAAGUGGGCCAGCUCAUGGAGAAGUUUGUGCCGCCUUACACUGCCCCACAAGGGCAGUGGAGCUCGAGGUUGCCGCUCAACCACGGGCAGCGUCACAAGCAGGAGUUUUGCCUGCUUUGCGAGAAAGGAGCUACGGCUGGGCAUCUCGCAACAGAGAGCCACAGCAAAGCAAUGGCUGGUUGGGAACGAAGGGACCGUCCACAGCUGAUAAUCUCUCCGCAGAGAUUCUCCGACAACGAACGCCUUCAGAUGUGCCUUCAAGGAUAUCUUCCCCGAUUCUCAGACGAGCAGUUUCGAGUGGUGAUGGAGCGGGUGCUCCAAACAGAAUGGUACCAAAGCCAGGGAAGCUACCAGGGCCCAGUGCCACUCGAGUCGUUGACGGAGAAGGCCGCAUCCUCAGCGACGCCGGUUGCGAAGGAGAAGGCUACAUGAUUAGCGACACCCGUUGCGAAGGAGAAGGCCACAGCCGAAAGGGCGAUAUCUGCGGGGCCGACCUUGGAAAGGCCGAAGAAGCGCUUGUGGCAGCGCCCAUGGCCCGAUACUAUCGGGGUGGCACGGAGAAGUACAGCUGCGCUAGAGGGCGCCAGGCCCUUGGGGCCCUUGGUACCACAAGCUCGCCACAAGUUCUGAGCAGUUCGGACGAGGAGGAGCGACGGGGACACUGGGUCUCACAGCCGUCUUGGGUUCCGUCGCGCCAGCCGGUUACCCCUCCGAAAGGCCCGGGGUCAAUGGCACCGAAGACGCCCCCGAAAGCGGUGGCAUCUUCCCCGAAAGCAGCGGCAUCUUCUUCAAAGGCAGUGUCUUCUCCAAAGGCAGUGGCACCUCUUCCGCGCCCAGCAUCAGCGCCGCCUACGCCUACGGCGCCACUACCUCCUCCAGCAGAGGGCCCUUAUCAGUGGGUGCCAAUGGACUCAGCGCCCUCGCAGGGCAGUAUUGCCGGCGCCGCCACCGCCACCAG